AUGGCCGGAUCGGGCCUGUCGGUGGCGACUCCGAAUUUGAUGCAUGAAUAUCACAAGUCCCAAUCUGCUGCGACGCAGCUGCUCAUUUUUAACUUCUUGUUCCUGAGUAUCGGGAAUACCUUCUGGGUUCCUCUUGCCCACAAACUCGGCAAACGCGCCUCGCUUCUCCUCUCUAUGAUACUUCAGGCCGGUACCUUAGUGUGGUGUGCAACACCAACCAGCUAUCCUAGCCUGCUAGCGGCCAGGUGCCUACAAGGAUUUGCCGGGGCCGCGGGUGAGAGUAUCGUGCCUGAACUUGUCUCGGAUGUCUUCUUCCUUCAUCAGCGAGCCGCAAUGAUGUCCAUCUAUGUGAUUCUAAUCUCAAGCGGUACGGCCAUCGGCCCCCUCAUCAACAGUCUGAUGGUACAAUAUCUGCCGAGCACCUGGCGGGCCUUCAUGUGGCUCUGCUGUGCACUGGCGGUGGCCGACGUCGGGUUGAUAUUUUUCUUGUGUCCUGAGUCCAACUUCCGGCGUCCGGAGUGGGAUGUGACCGCUCCUAUCAGACUCCCGGCGACGCCUGACGGGACAGAGGAAACGGCAGGCCUCGUGGAGAUGUUCAUGGAAGAUCCGCCCCCAGCAGGGGAGUAUUUCGUGCACCAGCCCGCUCUCAUCGACAUCAUCGUGCCGAUCUGCAUCGACCACGAGCUCAACUUCUUUUCGGCUAUGGUAGCCCCCCUCCGCCUGCUGAUACGCCCAGCCGUGAUCUGGGUAAUCCUCCUCUACGGGUGCGCCCUCAGCCCGCAGAUCAUCCUCAUGUCCGUGUCCCACUCGCUAGCUUGCUUGCUUUCCCUGUUCAUGGCUGACCUAUCGAGCAGCUUCAACAUGUCCCCUCUCCUAGAAGCGCCACCGUAUCACUUCUCCUCCGUCUCUGUGGGACUGGUGCAGAUCGCUGCGCUGAUCGGGUUUCUUCUGGCCUGUUGCGGCAGCGGAAUGCUCUCGGAUAUCAUCACCACUCGGAUUGGUCGUCGACGGGGCCUAGGGCCGGUUCGCGCCGAGGAUCGCCUGGUCAGCCUGAUCCCCGGUAUGGCUGUGGGUCCCGCAGGCUGCGUGCUGUUGGCCUUUGCCUGCCAGAAUCGGAUGCACUGGACAGCCAUUGCCACGGGGUUUGGGAUGGUCUCGUUCGGGUCGCUGUAUACGCCCAACAUCGGCAUCACCUACUUGACACAAAGACAUCAACAGGAUGCGGCGCAGUGCCUGGUACUGGUCAACGUAGUGAAGAACCUGGUGGCGUUUUUGUUCCUUUACGAAGCUGUGGAGUGGGUGCAGAGCCAGGGCUAUUUGGAGGUGUAUAUGGUGAUGGCUGCGCUGGGCGUGGUCACCGUCGGCGCAGCGCUGCCACUUUAUCUCUGCGACGCCAAGCGGCAUGUGGAGUGA